AUGAAGGAAGGUUUGUCCGGGGUAAUUGACCAUGUUUUGGAGAGUCUUGAGUUUGGUUAUGGUGUUAACAAAUUUCAGGAUGUAUGUUUGGCUGCUGGGAAUGUAUUGGGUAUGCAAGAGGCCAAAGAACUUAUUGGUGGUGGCAGUAAAUUAGAAGAUGCACUGGAAGAUGAUGUGGAUCAUGAGGCUAUAAUUGAUGAGGCACUGGAUGCUUUUGCAUCGUUGGAUUAUGCUUCUGUUUUUGAUUUGGAGAAGCUGAACGUGGAGAAGUUGAAGCAGAUGGUGCAAGCGUAUGGUUAUGCUGGUCCUUCUUAG